UAACCAUUAACCAAUCCCCCUUCUUUCAAUUUCUCUUUUUAUUCUCUCCCUAGGGUUUUUCUAAUCGCCAAAUUUCACCAUGUUUUUCCGGUUCACCGAUUCGCUUCGUCGAUUAGGGUUCCGGCGAAUAUGGCCGAUGUUCCGGCGAGUCCAGGCGGCGAGAGCGGCGACCACAGCCCUCGAUCCAGUUUCCGAGAGCAGGAACGGUACCUUCCAAUCGCUAACAUCAGUCGCAUCAUGAAGAAGGGGAUUCCCGCUAACGGGAAAAUCGCCAAGGACGCGAAGGAGACCGUACAGGAAUGCGUUUCUGAGUUCAUCAGCUUCAUCACCAGCGAGGCGAGCGAUAAAUGCCAGAAAGAAAAGAGGAAGACCAUCAACGGCGACGAUUUGCUUUGGGCUAUGGCCACUCUUGGUUUCGAAGAUUAUAUUGAGCCUCUCAAGAUUUACCUCGCCGCAUACAGAGAGACUGAGGGUGAUACAAAGGGUUCGGCCAAGGGUGGAGAUGCAUCUGCUAAGAAAGAUGUUCAUCCGUGUCCUAAUCCUCAGUUUUCUCAUCAAGGUUCUUUCUCACAAGGUGUUAAUUACACGAAUUCUCAGCCUCAGGCUCAACAUAUGAUGAUCGUUCCCAUGCAAGGCCCAGAAUAGAUAUUGACGACUUCAGUGUUUGUCACAUGUGAUUUCGAUGCCGGUGAUGCUUAAUUAUGUGCCCUUGGUAUGUUGAAAGCAUUUUAUGUUAUGUGAAUACUGACAUUUGGAGAAGAAUCAUUGUUCACAAGUUAUAUUGUAAAUCCUGAAACUAUGCUUGUCUGAUUCCAUCAGGCGUCCCGGCAAAGACUGAAGAUUUUAUUUAACUUAUUGGAAACAUAAAUUGUCGUAUUCUUUUCCUUCUUUUUCGGUGUUACAUCCGAUGAAGAAUGAAGAUGGUGCCAGUUUUUGAAACCCUUUCGUUUUAAAGGGGAUGGGAUUGUGCUUUUUUGUUGAGCAUUAGACUCUUCGAUUUAUUUACUUGAUACAGCUAUUUAUACUUUACAUAUACCCAAUGACAACGACAGAAGCUUUUGAUCAUUAGGUAGGACUGGCAACAUAUUUCAAAUGAAGUCCCUGGGUUUUGUACAAGACCGAAGUUUUCAAUAAGGU